AUGACAAGUGCAACCGAUCUGAGUGUCGAUGAAUUGUUGUUAUUACAAGAGAAUCAACAUCAUGUGUCGAAUUAUAUCACUUCGAAUGUGAAACCAAUUGGAUCGGAACGAAAGAUUGGACAAGUGAUAAACCGAUCGAAUCGAUUCGUAUCAGAAAACAAGUCUUCUCUAAAACCAAUUGAACUGGGAUAUAAAAAUGAUUCAUCGAUUUUAUCGGAAGUACGAGACGAUUUUCGACCUUUGGCAACCAUAGGGAAAAUAAACAAUGAAAUGGAACCAUUGAUCUAUCAUUCGUAUCCUAAACAUUCAUCUCUGUUGGCUUCGCACGGAGUUGACAACUUUCUUCAUCCACAAAAGUUUCAUCCAAACGUUAUUGGUCGUGUGCAAACAGUCAAUCCAACAUCAUUCUUUCGUGCUCCUCAUCCAUUAACAAUAAGUCGAUACCUUCAUUCAAACUCAUCUCGAUCUAUUCCACCGGUGUUUACUCAUCCAUUUCAAUGUACUCGAGAACGUUUCCAGGUUAAUUCCAUCGGUCGCCCAAUCCUUCGCAACAACAGUUAUCAUCAUUUACUGCCAAUGCAUACUUUGAAGAUUCGCCGCUAA